UAUUUACAUCGCAUGGGGCUGUGUGGCUGAACACCAUGGAGAGGAGGACCACUGUAAUGAGAGUGACAAACGCUAUUUAAUGGAUGAAUAAACCAAUAAAUGCAGUAUUAAUCAUAUGCAACCGUUAACCGCUGGAAUUAUUAAUUUAGGGUGAUAAUGGCAGCUGUGAGUCUGACGGAUCCGCUUUGCAAACCUAGCUCUUACAGCCCACAUUUCAAAGUUGAGGUGUGCGUGAAGAAGCCAUUGAUGCCCGUCCACCUGAGCAGUGAGCAGGUGGCUCUGGAGAUGCUGUGUCUCUGCAGCCAGUUGGACCUACUGAUCAGAGCUCAGGUCCAUCAGCAGUUUCAGGAGCAGCUCAAACAGGACACAAGUCCUGAAGAGUUUAAGUGUUUUCAAAAACAAGGGGCAGAGAUAAUAUAUCAGAUGAACCAGUGCCUUGAACAUCUCAACGAACCUGUGCUUCAGCUUGAGGAGUAUUUGGAUGUUGUAGGAUUAUCUGCUCUGUUCCCUCGAGUGGAAGUUUAUAUGAUACACGGCAGCCCUAUUGACAUGUUGGAAAGACCGCCUUCAGAUGCUUAUUUUCCUCAUAUUGGGAGGCUGAAUCAGCUGCUGGUUCUCAGUCAGCAGUUAGAUGAAGAUGUGAAGCACCUGGGCAGUCAUAAGUACAUCGCACAUCAGCUAUCAGCAAUUUAUCAAGUCCUAAACUCUCUCAAAGAUAUUUUGCCAUUGUCCAUCAUAAGAAAGGAUAUUGAGGCUAAUUUCAAGCAGCUGAAGAAGUCUCUUACGAUAGAGGAGGGGUCUAAGCUGGAUCCUCAGUUGCCAGCAGAUCGCGUGAGCUGGGUGUCCGAAUUAACACAAAAUGUGAUAUCAACGGUACUGUCACUCUCAGAAGAGCUCACAGAAGAUCUUAAUCCAGUCAUGGAAUUUGUCUCUAACCUCUCGUAACAGCUAGAUCUACAGUGCCUGAAGUGGAUGGAGAGAAAAAGUCACAGCAUGAAGUGAUAAUUAUAAAUUUUUUUGGCUUUUUUUAUUUAUUCAUCUGUACACACCACAUAUAAGACUGUGAUGAUGUGAUCCAGAUAUAUUUCAAGACCUUGAAAAAGUAAAAUGUUUACAUUAUAAGUUUUACCACUUAUUAAUAAUUUAUUUUAAACAUUUAAGAUAUUUUUUUGCAUUGUUGGCUCAUGAUUUUCAAUAAAUGUAGACGAUCAUAAAAAAAAAAAAAAAACCUUGUGCCGGUUUCAACGGCAUCAACAUAAACAAACGUUAAUGCGCGUGAGCGCUUUUGUGGACCUAAUUUAACUUCCGGUAGACUCCAAAUAGAAUCAAUAACAACAGCCAAGUCCCUCUAGAGUAGAUAUUUUUUGAUAACAAACAAAAUGUGUUUUCUGUGUGGAUCAGGCGGACUUAAUGAAAAUGCUAAUUCAUUAUUUGCCAGCAGGAGAUGUUUUAAAGCAUAGACAUAAAGCGCGAGAAAUAGAGGUUUCCCCAGUAACAGCUGUAAACAAAGCAGAGCUGGUACGCUCACACGCUGCUUUAUCACACAUAUAACAUGCAAGUCUUCUUUCAGAAAUACAGCCAUAUAAAAACACCCGUGCCUCGUUUUGAUAUUUAAACAUAAAUGUAAGGAAUUAUUAUUAAACGUGCAGUACGUUACGUAAUGUAACGUUACUCAUGUUUAUUUAACGAAGCCUUUUUGAAAAUCGAUCAGUUUUAAAAUUGUGGCGAGUCUCCAAAAAUAAAUAAAUGUAUGGGAAACACAUCCCGCAGCACAACCACCUGAGCCCAACUUCAGUCUACUCAUCACCUUGGCUUUAACUGCGUUUGUAGAUGGCACCGCAGCCAGACUGAUAUACACAACACAGACCGGAAGUUAACUUAGGUCCAGGCGCGUGCGCCCGAUGAAACUUCUAUAAUGUAUUUUAUAAUGCAUCUGUAUACUUGAAGUGACUGUUGCACACGUUCUUUUACAUUCUGUACAUGAUGGUGCUAGCAUUGUUCAUCAGCGUCACACAUGUGAUUAUAUAUCCAAAAUAAACUCAAACAAGGUAAUCAGACUCUUA